UGACAGGCAAGGGGGAGGGGAAGGCGACAAGGAUACGGCCAGUUUGGCUAGGUAAACAGCCUACCCGUGACCACCAAUCCACCAGGGAUGUCGGGCUGCAGAGCGGAGGUGUAGCGGAUAUUCAGAGAGUACCCACUAGUAAAAGUGGAGUACGAAUAAAUAUAGAACAGGGGGAUCGAUAAUUAUUCUGUGCACUGGAGGGUAAAGGGGGAAUCCCGGCACCAGGAAGAGGAAGACGAGGAGGAAGCAAGAAAUCCCCUUGCCUACCUAAGGAAAGAAAGACGCGACAACUGUCACCUGGGCACUUAACGUGCAGAAGGUGGCGGAGUAGAUCGUCUGAUUCCAUCUGGGGCGUCCACCUCUGUUCUCGGAGGUGCCUUUAAUGCAUAUGAAAAGGAAAUCGGCUCAAAGAAGCAGACACAUUUAUCCAAAGUGACUUACAAAUUGCAGUGCAUGAAGACAAAUUCAAGGGCAGCAAUACAGAUGCUAAGUAAGCCCCCUCCACCCUUUCCCCAAUGCCAUGGAGAAAUAUGAGAAACUUGGCAAAAUUGGGGAGGGGUCAUAUGGUGUUGUCUUCAAGUGCCGCAACCGAGACACAGGGCAGAUAGUAGCUAUCAAGAAGUUUGUGGAGUCAGAAGAUGACCCUGUUAUCAAGAAGAUUGCCCUGCGAGAGAUCCGCAUGCUCAAGCAAUUGAAACACGUCAACCUGGUGAACUUGUUGGAGGUGUUCCGCCGGAAGAGGAAGCUACACCUUGUCUUUGAAUACUGUGAGCAGACGGUCCUGCACGAGCUCGACCGGCAUCCCCGUGGGGUUCCAGAAGGUCUUCUUAAGAGCAUUGUGUGGCAGACUUUGCAGGCUGUCAACUUUUGCCAUAAACACAAUUGUAUCCAUAGAGAUGUUAAGCCUGAGAAUAUUCUCAUCACCAAGAAUGGAGUCAUCAAGCUUUGUGACUUUGGCUUUGCCCGCAUUCUUACUGGUCCAAGUGAUGACUAUACAGACUAUGUGGCAACCCGCUGGUACCGUGCCCCCGAGCUACUUGUAGGGGACACCCAAUAUGGUCCUCCUGUAGAUGUCUGGGCCAUUGGUUGUGUUUUCGCUGAACUUCUGUCAGGAAAUCCUCUAUGGCCUGGCCGGUCAGAUGUGGACCAGUUGUACCUUAUCCGUAGAACCCUCGGUGACCUGAUUCCACGGCAUCAGCAGGUGUUCCGAUCCAAUAUGUUCUUCAGUGGAGUGAAUAUCCCUGAUCCGGACACAACGGAGCCCCUAGAGAAACGUUUCCAUAAUGCCUCCCCACAGGCUCUUUGUGUGAUGAAGGCCUGCUUAGUAAUGGAUCCAGCUGGCCGCAUGUCUUGUGAGGCGUUGCUGGACCUGCCCUACUUUGAAAGCCAGCGAAUUGAUGAAGCAGAUAAUGGAGCUCGGGACACUGACCGCACUAAAGGCAAACAUGAAAAGGCCAUACGGCGGAGGGCUCUGAUGCAGCACCUGCCCCAGCUGGCAGGCAGCAAUGUGUCUCCACCUCCAGAUUUGAAGAAGCAGGUUAAAAAGUUUGACCAUCACCUCCCUAACAUUUAACGGCGGUGGUCACAAGCCUUCACUCUCUGUAUACGGAACAGCUGGAAGAGUCCGAGCUCCUGGCAGUGCUGAAGUGGACCACAAUAUAACAUAGCGUGGACCUCGUUCCCUUAAUGGCUUAUGAUAUAAAAAGGGACAACUGAAAAUAUAAUGAACUUGCAAACCAAUACACAUCAAAUCACACAAUUUGACCAAAAGCCCACAAAGUCCUAAAUCCCACUGACCUCUCAUUAAGUUAGCUGACCCCUGUCCCCCAUUUAUAAAGUACACUUGGCAGACUGAAGCAAACUGGGAGAAAAACGCCGAGGUUAUACUGUAUCUCCCAUUUUGAAAAUCCUAUACCUGCUGUAAAGAAUAUUAUUCAGUCACACUGACAUGAAGAUGCCCCGUCCCAUCACACCAAUGCUUAUGCGAUCUGAAAUUGGGGCAGGUGCAUUUCAUCUUAGGAGUCCUUUCUUAUUUAAUCAUUUUUUUUUUUUUUUUACAACUAACAGUGUUUGAAAACCACUCCAUGUAAUACCUGAACAGUCAUCCCCAUAAGAAAAGCAUAAGAAUUAGUGUUAAUCUGCCAUAUUGGAUAAGUUAAAGCAAAGGGCAGCGUACCAAUAGGAAAAGAUUGUAGCUGACAAGAUACUCUUCUGUAUCGCUCCACACCAUGUUCCAGCACCCCCUUAGGCGUGCUUAUGACUGUGUCACUUCAUAAUUGUGACCUGCCUGUUCACCUGAUGUGGCAUCAGCACAUCUGUAAUGUUGUCUUAACACUGAGGGGAGAUGCCUUCGAGAAGAUGAGUGUGUGUCCUUGGUGGCCCUCAAUGUCCAAUGUGUGUUACACUAGACAUUCUGUUUUUGGCAGCUGUCUUGUUAUUUAAAUAGUUUUUUUCUGUAAAUGGGAACAUUUCUGCUUAGCCGUUUAAACCUCUUUGUAAAAAUUUUCCACAGUUAACCAUGAAAGUAAAACAUUGAAAAGAAAAACGAGUCUGAAUGUUUCAUUUUUGAGUUUUUGUUACUGGUAACAUUAUAUUCAAAAUAUUUGCUUCUAUCAAGCUGUCUGUAAUGUAGUUUUCAUAUCUAUUUUGAAAUAGUGCCUUUUAUAUCUAUUACGUCUUUCCUGUUUACGUCUCAUGCCUUCUACAUGACUUCAUCUAUGUUUCUGCUAAUUAUGUAUUAACCCUUAUGUCCAUCAUAUCUUUCUAAUAUCAUGCCUACAAUGUCUAAAAAUGUGCCUUUUAUAUCUAUCUAUUAUAUAGUGCCUUUCAUAUACACAUAGUGUCUUUUACAUCCAUCUAGUUUAUUACCUUCACAUCUGUCUAAUAAAGUAUAUUUUAUAUUUAUCUGUGUAUCUAUCAUAUAGUGCCCUUUAUACACUUUUUUUAUCUGCCUAAUAUUGCACCUUUCACAUCCAUACAUCUAUGUAUCUAUUAUAUAGUGCCUUUCAUAUCCAUCUAUCAUAGAGUGCAUUUUCUAUCUAUCUAAUAAAGUGGCUUCAACACCCACUGUAGCUUAAUAAAGUGUGUUUUAUAUUUAUCUAUCUGUGUAUCAAUCUGUCAUGCACUGCAUUUCAUAUCUGUAUACAGUAUUAUAUGGUACCUUUCACACCUUAUCUAAUAAAGUGCCUUUUAUAUUUA